UAUGUUGAGAUGAGCAGCCGGUAAUUUCCUCCAAUUUUCUUUUUCAGCGCCUCGUCUCAGCUUACUUAACUCUCUCCGUUACCGCCAUCUUUGUUUUUCUUUUGUUCCCCCCAAUUUGAUGCUCUUUCGGCUUCAAUUUCAAUCUGUCAUUGAACUCGAUCCAUUUCUCCCUCUUUUUGAUCUGCAAUUCGUUUCUUAUUCGUUCGAUUAAGCGCGUCGCCGGGAUAUUGAACUCUCUUUCUGGCUGAUUGGGUGGAAUGGUGAUUUCGAUCCAGAUCUAGGGUUUUGCUUCCAAUUCUUUCUGGCUUUUUUUGUUUCGCUUGAUUUUCUCCUUGAGGAUUGAGGGACUCGGAUCUCGCGGCUGUUGAGAGCUAGAGAUUACGCGCUGAAGAUGGCUGUCAAAACAGCACAAUCAUUUAGAGAUCGGACGCUGGAAUUCCAGAACAUAACAGAGAGGCUAAAGAAGUCUUUCUCAUCGAGCACGGGAACAACUGGACCUAGUGCUGGUUCAAAGUCAGAAGAGCAGCGCUCUGCUGUUGCUCUUCAGUCUGAAUUCAAUAAGAGGGCUUCCAAGGUUGGAUUAGGGAUACACCAGACGUCUCAGAAACUCUCAAAGUUGGCAAAAUUGGCAAAGAGGACUUCAGUUUUUGAUGACCCAACAAUGGAAAUUCAGGAGCUAACUGCUCUUAUUAAGCAGGACAUUACAACCUUGAACUCUGCCGUUGUAGAUCUUCAGCUUCUCUGCAACUCUAGAAAUGAAAAUGGAAACAUAUCCAGUGAUACUACUAGUCAUUCAACCACUGUGGUAGAUGAUCUUAAGAAUCGACUGAUGAGCACCACAAAAGAGUUUAAAGAAGUUCUAACCAUGCGAACUGAAAAUUUGAAGGUUCAUGAGAAUAGAAGACAACUAUUUUCUUCUACUGCUUCAAAGGAAUCUACCAAUCCUUUUGUGCGCCAGCGUCCAUUAGCUUCCAGGUCAGCUGCUGGUGCCUCAAGUGCGCCCCCUCCUCCAUGGGCCAAGGCGUCCACAUCUUUUUCUAAAACAUCUCCCGGGAAGCAGGUGGAUGGGGAGAGUCAACCAUUGUUACAGCAGCAGCAACAGCAACAGCAGCAGAUGGUUCCAUUACAAGACACUUACAUGCAGAGCCGAGCUGAAGCUCUUCAAAAUGUAGAAUCCACCAUUCAUGAAUUGAGCAAUAUCUUCAACCAGCUGGCCACUCUGGUUUCUGAACAAGGAGAGAUUGCUAUCAGGAUCGAUGAGAACAUGGACGAUACUCUGUCAAAUGUGGAGGGGGCACAGGGUGCAUUGCUCAAGUAUCUAAACAGUAUAUCAUCAAAUAGGUGGCUGAUGAUCAAAAUUUUCUUUGUACUAAUAUUCUUCCUCAUGGUUUUCCUAUUUUUUGUGGCAUAGUGGUUGAAGAGAGAGUUGUAAUUGGAAAAAUGAAGAGAAGAAAAUUGGUUUUUUGCUGUCUAUUAAUAUCCCUUCGUAUUCUUUUUUCAUAUACCUCCUCCUCCUGUUAGUCAGUCGGUCAGUCACUCCCUCCCAUGCAUAUUAUUAUACUUUUCAGACGGAAGAUCUGGGAUUCUUCUGGUCCAGUAUAAUAUAAUGUUGAUAAUGUUGUCAGUUUGUGAAUUGUAAGAGGCGUUAAUUACUUCUUGACAAUUGCCAAAACAUAUGGCGAACCCUCUUUUUUCUCAGUAAUUUAUAACUAUGGUUUCUGUCUCCAU